UGUGCAUUAUGGGAGAUCACGCCCUGGCAACACAAACAUCAACAUUAGACCGAGCCGCAGAAGCAGAGCAGAAUGAAUAUCAGAGAAAAUCAGUAAAACUGAGCCUCUGAACACACAGAACAGCGGAGAUACAGCGCGGACAGCUCUCUACACGCUCUCAGCAUGCAGGCAGACGAUGUGAGAUAUUUAACCAGGAAAGUGAAGGGAGGCAGUUUGGAUGUUCAUCCUACAGAGAGAGCCUUGGUUGUCAACUAUGAAGUUGAAGCAAGGAUCUUGGGACAGAUGGGUGAUGCCAUGUUGGGAGAACGUAAGGCAUGUCAGAAAAUAAUUCGUCUGAAAAGCCUCAAUCCCAACACUGACAUUGGGUCAUUGGCACGGAAGGUGGUGGAGGAAUGCAGGCUGAUUUCACCAACCAAACUCCCAGAAGUGGAACAGCUUCUCUUCUAUCUGCAGAAUCGCAAAUCUCCCACAGAAAAAAAGGAGAAGAAACAGAUCAAACCAAGAGAUCCUACUCCUUUCGAAGGGAUGGAGCUGGAUGAGGAGGCUAAUAUUAAUAGCAUAGAUGAUUAUGUGGAGCUGCUGUAUGAAGAUGUCCCAGAGAAAAUCAGAGGAGCCACGCUUAUCCUGCACCUGGCCCGGAACCCUGACAACCUGGAGGAACUCCUACAAAAUGAGACUGCACUCGGAGCUCUAGCACGAGUACUGAGGGAGGACUGGAAGCAGAGCGUGGAUCUGGCAACCACCAUCAUCUAUGUCUUCUUCUGUUUCUCCAGUUUCAUCCAAUUCCAUGGACUGAUCACCCACUACAAGAUCGGUGCCCUGUGUAUGAACAUCAUCGAGCACGAGCUGAAGAGGUACGACCUGUGGCAGGAGGAGCUGCAGAAGAAGAAGAAGGCUGGGGAGGAUGACCCAGAGAACCAGAACCUGAAGAAAGAAUACGAGAAAGCUCUGAAGAAGUACCAGGGUCUGCUGACCAAACAGGAGCAGCUGCUUCGAGUGGCUCUGUAUCUGCUGCUGAACUUAUCUGAGGACACACGCACUGAACUGAAGAUGAGGAACAAGAACAUAGUGCACCUACUGGUGAAGACCCUGGACAGAGACAGUGAGGAGCUCCUGGUGCUGGUUGUGUCCUUCCUGAAGAAGCUCAGCAUUUUUCUGGAGAACAAGAAUGACAUGGCUGAAACUGACACAGUGGAGAAGCUGGCGAAGCUGGUGCCCUGUGAUCAUGAAGAUCUGCUGAAUGUCACUCUACGUCUCCUCCACAACCUCUCUUUUGACACAGGCCUCCGCAGCAAGAUGGUGCAGGUGGGCCUGCUGCCAAAACUUACUGCUCUAUUAGGUGAUGAAGCACAGAGACAUCUAUCCAUGCGCAUCCUGUACCACAUCAGCAUGGACGACCGUUUCAAGUCCAUGUUCGCCUACACUGACUGCAUUCCACAGGUGAUGAAGAUGUUGUUUGAUUGCGGCGAGGAGAGGAUGGACCCAGAGCUCAUCUCCUUCUGCAUCAAUUUGGCUGCCAACAAGAGAAAUGCCCAGCUCAUCUGUGAAGGCAAUGGGUUGAAGAUGCUGAUGAAAAGAGCACUGAAAUUAAAGGAUCCUCUGAUGAUGAAAAUGAUCCGGAACAUCUCGCAGCACGACGGACCCUCCAUGAACCUAUUUAUUGACUAUGUGGGAGACUUGGCAGCACAGAUUGGACAGAAUGAAGAGGAGGAGUUUAUGAUCGAGUGUUUGGGGACCCUGGCUAACCUCACCAUCCCUGACCUGGACUGGGAGCUAGUGCUUAAAGAAUACAACCUGGUACCCUUUCUAAAAGACCAUCUUAAACCUGGCUGUGCAGAAGAUGACCUUGUGCUGGAAGUGGUGAUUAUGAUUGGCACAGUCUCCAUGGACGACUCGUGUGCUGCCAUGCUAGCCAAGUCAGGCAUCAUUCCAGCUCUUAUAGAGCUUCUCAAUGCUCAACAGGAGGAUGAUGAGUUUGUGUGUCAGAUUGUGUACGUCUUCUACCAGAUGGUGUUUCACCAGGCCACACGUGACGUCAUUAUUAAGGAGACACAAGCUCCAGCGUACCUCAUUGACCUGAUGCACGACAAGAAUGCUGAAAUUCGCAAAGUCUGUGACAACACGCUGGACAUUAUAGCCGAGUAUGAUGAAGAAUGGGGAAGGAAGAUCCAGAACGAGAAGUUUCGCUGGCACAACUCUCAGUGGCUGGAGAUGGUGGAAAACCGGCAGAUGGAUGAAGCAGAACCCUUCAUGUAUGGGGAUGAGGGAGAGCCUUUCUUGCAGGGAGGAGACAUCCUGGAGAGGCCCGACCUCUUCUACAGCGCAGAUGGAUUAAUCACAGCCGACAGUGCAAUCAGUCCAGAAUUCUUCACAGACUUCCAGAAUGGAGACUUUGUGGGACCACCGGGUUUUCCUAGCAGUGCUGUAUCUGACGGGUUUGGUCAAGUGGCAGGAGCUCCUGUACGUCCUACAACGGCCUACGGCUUCCGUCCAGACGAGCAGUACUACUACAGCUACUCAGCAUCGCGGUAGAGCACUGCAGAUCUCACUGACAAAUAAAUGAACACUGUUACUUUGACUCAUCUUCUCUUUUAAGCAACAAAACACUAUUAAUGCUAUUAAUGUUAUUUAUUCACUCCAUUUCAAACGCGUACAAUUUGAGUUGGGCAAAGUAUUCACUGGUUUCAUGUGAUCCGUGGUUUUAAGCUUGUCAUUAGACUACUUUACAAUGUCUGAAGCACUGAAUUUUAAAUGUAUAGUGCAGUUUUAAUGUGUCUUAACUUAACAGUUGAUUUGUUUCAAAGAUAAAAUCAUUAGUGCAUGAAUUCUGAUGCACCACAUCGCCUUUAUUUCAGCAGCCUUCUGCAGUAUAGCAGAGGUAGGAGGUAGGAGUUAUUAUUUGCAUGAUCAUUCAGAACUCAGUUCAGAGGUCCAGUUCAUUACGUGUAUAGAGACAGUGUUAGUGUUAUUUUUCUUUUAUUGCAUGCUGUAGUGCAGUCUAGUUUAUAGUUUUUAGGAGAGUGUCAUGUAGAGCUUUGAUCAACCAAUAUUCUGUGGAUAAAACCUGUUAAGUUAUUUAUAUCUGUGGCAGCUUUGGUUACAGAAGGCCAGUAAAUGCACAUGAUGAACAAUCCUGUAAUAUGUUCAGAAAGAAUUUAUCGUCAAAAUAAUACUGGUGUUCAUAUUGAUCAGGCUACACAUAUUGUUAAUUAGCAUUUUAAGCCAUAAGUUGUGUGUAGAAUAUUUUUAAAUUCUUCUCUCUAAUUCUAUUAUAUCACGGAUUCACUGAAUUUGUCAGAGAGGUUUUUUUGUAGGUUUUCAUUCAUUUUGCCACUUUUCACCAUUUAUUAAAUUAAAUAGCCUAAAUGUUUUGUGAAAAGAAAAAUAUGUAAAAAGAAAUUACAAUUACAAUUUUAAACUAUUUAUUGAACCCUGAAGAUUUUUAUGUCCCAAGUGAUUGCAAUUUUAUUGUGUCAUCAAAAGGCCCAUUAUUUGGUAUACAUCUUUAAAUUUAUUUGACCGAAAAACGAUUAAAUGUUUUGAUGAAAUAUUUUUGUUGGUGAAUAUUUGGUGCAUCACUACAUUUAUAUAUAAGCUUCAUUGUAGUGAAGUAAAUUAAUAUUAUAGUUAAAGGCUUUGUCAAUAGUCAUGUUAAUUCAUUGCAGCUUUGACAACUUGUUGGAUUCGGCCUUUAGAAUUACAGUUUUAUGUCAGUUGUCAUGAAAAGCAUAAGUAGGUGUUGUAUAGCCUCAUAAACUCUCCCUUAUCGUUAAAGCGUUACCUCAAAAACUUUUAGGCUGUUUACACUUUUCGAUUAGUAUGGUUAUAAUGUGCAACAAUACAUUGUUGUUUAAUUCCACAGACUUGGGCAAGACCUCAUAACUCUGCAUUCAUUCAUCUGUGUAAUGUAAUGUAAGUUGCUCUGCAUAAGAGUAUCAACCAAAUGCUGAUUGAAUGUCUAAAAUUUAGGGAUAAGGGAUUUCUAUAAGAAGGAACAUAUGAAACGCAUGUUUAUGCAAAGUGUAAUCACCCUCAAAUUAAAAACAGAAUAAUGAAUCUCCAAAUGUCCAAGAGGUUCACUCUGAAUCCCUUCAGUGGUUCAUUGACCUGGAUUUAUUUACACACAUUCCCAUACAUCGAUUCAGAUCGGUUAUUCUGGCUGCUGAAGUGAAGUGAAGUGAACUGAAGCUUGAGGCUUUGGAUAAAGUGUAUAGCUGGAUAAUUGUGACACUAGCUGAAGUGUUGCUGUGUCUUAACAUGUCUGUAUUUAUUGUAAAUGCAAAAGGUCUGUUGCCUUGUCUCUGUUUCUGCUGAAAAACUGCCGAGCAGCUCGAUAUUGUACAUUUUGAUUAUGAUUACUGCAGAUUUUUUGGUUGUUGUUGGCAAACGGAAAUAAGUGAAAAGUUUAUUCUAUAUUAAGUUUUUAAUGUAAUACUGUUAAAUGGAGUUGCAUAUGCUUUCUUGGUGCCUGACAAUCGUCUUAACUGUUUGAUUUGUUUUGUUUUAUUUAAUAUGUUUUUAUUAUUACAGUGGUGCAAUAUUAAACUAUAACAAAUCUGAAGAA